UCUCUCUCUCUCUCUCAUCCAAUUUGUUGCAAUUUUAUAGGAGGUCAAAAAAAGCAAAGACUCCAUUUCCCACAAAAUCAAAUAAAGCAAGAGCCCCUCCAACCAAAACACCAAAACUUCCACCACCGCAAUACUCGUUUCCCCCAACUCCAUUCAUUUUCGGCCUCCUAUUUCCAACCUCUUCCAACUCCAUUGAUAAGCUGCCUUUUGCCUUGUCACUCUCCUCCCAAGGCCAACCCAUUUUCCCAAACACACACCCCACCCUCCUUCCUUCUCCUCCUCCUUCCUUCGUCUUCAUCAUUUUUCUUUGAUGAAGACUCCACUUUCUUUAAUAUUAUUUUCCACCCUCUGACCUUCUGUAUGGUACAAGGGUCCCAGGUGAUCCUGGAGCAAGGAAUUUGAAUUCCCUUUCAGAUUAAUCUUCUUCCUUGUUCAGGAUCCGAGACCCUUUUAAUUUCUUUUUUAUUUUCAUUUUGUUGGCAAAACCAGACACCAAACAUCAUUCCUUUUUCCCUUUUUUCAUCUCAUCUUAGAGAUUCUGAUUUUCUGCAAAGUUCUUGAGAUUCCCAGUAAUAAAAAGGCUCUGAAAUCCCAGAAAAUCGCCCAAUCUCUAAGACCCAGAUCAGAACCAUUUUCUCCGUCUUCCCGACUUUCCAUCGAGCCUAAGACAACCCACCUCCCAUUUUUUCUUCAAACUUUUCAACCAUGUCACAAUCCAUAACCUCAUCGCGGCAACUCUUUCUCCGGCAGGUCUCCUGCAACCGCCGGCAGCCGCUGCUCCGGACCCAAGUCUCCCACAGCACUGUUCGAUUGGCGGAAGUCGCCGGCGGCACCGCCGCCGAGUGCGCCGCCGUCUGCUGCUGCUGCCCGUGCGGGCUCGUCAACCUCCUCGUCCUGGUGAUCUACAAGGUGCCGGCGGGGAUCUGCCGGCGCGUCCUGAAGAAGAAGCGGCGCAAGAGGCACGUCAAGCAGGGGCUGUUGCAGCCCAGGCAUUGCAACUGCACGUGCGGCUUCGACGGGUCGGAGCUCCAAUUCCACCAAGUGGGUUUCGAUUGCGGGUUGGAGAUCAACGACAUGUCGCAUAAGGUCGCGGACGACGAGUCGGUUGAUGAGGAUGUGCUGAAGCUCGAGAAGGAGAUGUGGGACAGGUUUUACAGCACUGGGUUUUGGAGAAGCCCAUCCCAGAGAGAACCCUCCAAGGUUCUCCCUGGUAUAUAAUUUUAAUAUUUAAUUAUAUAUCAACCACCAGAAAUGACCAAAAUACCCCCAAGUUUUAAACAACCAAAAAAAAAACAAACAAAAGAGAUUUGUUUUGUUUGGUUCAAUUUCACCUGGGAAUUGAAUUUCCCUUUCUUCCGUAUCUUCGAUUGAUUGGCUGCAGGGUGGUGCAUGUGUGUCUGUGUGUGUUCUUUGGUUUGGUCUUGCCAAAGGUCAGGGAUUUUAUUUUAUUUUAAAAAUUAUUUAAAACUAUUUGUAAUUUCUGGUUAAUUAUGUAAAUAUUGGGGAUGUGGAAAUGGGUUUGUUUUUAUUUUCUGGGUGAUGGAGAAUUGGUCGUGUGGACAUGCAAAUCUCUCUGUAUAUUUUGUAAGAGUUGUUUUGGCUUUGGGGGUUUUAUGUGGAUCUUGUGGGCAUUUAAAAAAAAAAUGUUGAAGGUUUCAAAGAUUAAUGGAAUCGAAUUCUUUGCCGGCC